UUAUAAUCAACAGCAGAAAUGGCCAAGUUUAUCAAAGCAGGAAAAGUUGCUAUUGUCGUCCGCGGUCGUUACGCCGGUAAGAAGGUUGUCAUUGUGAAGCCUCACGAUGAAGGUACCAAGGCUCACCCAUUCCCACACGCCAUCGUUGCUGGUAUCGAACGUUACCCAUUGAAGGUCACCAAGAACUUGGGUGCUAAGAAGACUGCCAAGAGAACCAAGGUUAAGCCUUUCGUUAAAUUAGUCAACUACAACCACUUGAUGCCAACCAGAUACUCCUUGGAUGUCGAAUCUUUCAAGGCCUCUGUCACUUCUGAAUCUUUGGAAGAACCAUCCCAAAGAGAAGAAGCCAAGAAGGUUGUCAAGAAGGCUUUCGAAGAAAGACACCAAGCCGGUAAGAACAAGUGGUUCUUCACCAAGCUCGCCUUUUAAAUAUGUGUAUUAUAAGGGGUAAAAUAGUUAUUAUUUUUGUUGUUUUUCUUGCAUGGGUUUAAAUAAACAAUAAUUUACGAUCAAUUAAAACUA